CACAGGGAAUGCAAGCAGUCCAAAAACCCAGGGAUUUUGUAAUUUCCCAACUGACAAAUUAAUGCAAGACACAAGGACCUUGCAAAAAAAACACAAAAAAAAAACAACAACAACUAAGAAGAGCAAGAAGGGACAAUACUAGUUUGGUGAAACAUGGGCUCUUUGUUUCUGCUGUGUGCGUUUUUCCAUGUAAUUUCCGCCACAAUGCUUUUUGGAGACAUGGCUGAUCAGGACAGCACCCUUAGUGUAAGCAUUCCAACUGAACAGCCACUGCGCCCCCUGCUGGGUGGGAGCAUGGUUAUUACCUGCUACUUUCAGGACAACACUGUCCAUGACCCUGGUGCCCCAACCAUCGCCCCUCUGUCCCACCGCAUUAAAUGGAGCUACAUUUACAAGGGCAGAAUAACCCUUAUUCUGGUUGCCACCGGGGGCCUAGUACAGGUUCAUACAGACUACCUGGACCGGGUCCAUAUGGUUAAUUAUCCCAUGGUGCCAACUGAUGCUACCAUUGAGAUCUCAGAACUCCGUUCCAGUGACUCUGGCACCUACAGGUGUGAGGUCAUGCAAGGAAUUGAAGAUAACUAUGAUUCAGUGGAAAUGCAAGUUCAAGGUAUUGUGUUCCACUACCGAGCAAUUUCUACCCGAUAUACCUUAACAUUUGAGACAGCAAAGGCAGCCUGUAUCCAGAACAGUGCUGUAAUUGCAACCCCUGCACAGCUACAAGCUGCUUAUGAUGAUGGAUUCCAUCAGUGUGAUGCUGGCUGGCUCUCAGACCAAACUGUGAGGUAUCCUAUUCAUGAGCCAAGGGAGCCUUGCUACGGAGACAAAGAAAAUUUCCCUGGGGUACGAACAUAUGGAGUCCGAGAUGUCAAUGAGACUUAUGAUGUGUACUGCUUUGCAGAGAAAAUGUCAGGGAAAGUGUUCUACUCCGUAUCUGUGGAGAAGUUCACUUUUGCUGGGGCUGACAAGCAGUGUGCAAACCUUGGUGCCCAACUGGCCACCACAGGGCAAUUGUACCUGGCAUGGAAGGCUGGCAUGGAUAUGUGCAAUGCAGGCUGGCUAGCUGACAGGAGCGUACGGUAUCCCAUUAACAUAGCUCGACCCCAGUGUGGUGGGGGGCUUUUGGGAGUUCGAACUGUUUACCUGUUCCCGAAUCAGACUGGUUACCCCUACCCGGACUCCCGCUAUGAUGCAAUCUGUUAUCGAGAACAUGAAGACAAGGUUUUAACAACUCCCUCGCCAUUCCCUGAAAUAUACACUACCACAGAUUCCAGACUCAGUGUGGCAACAGUUACCUCAAGCUCUUUAGACUAUACUAAAGAGGUGAUCACAGAGGGGGAGCUCCUUGGGGUAUUAGUGACAGAAGAGCCCCUUAACACUACCAGUGUGGAAAGCCUCCUAUCUCUACCUCCCAACAUAACUGAGAUAGAAGACGAAGUCAUCGGUUUCGCCACUGCUCAACCUUAUCUGGGAUAUGAGAUUCCCAAGGACAAUGUCACCUCUGAAACUAAAGGAGUAGUGUUCCACUAUCGUGCUGAAUCCAGGCGCUAUGCUUACACCUUUGAAGAAGCACAAAUAGCUUGUCAGAGGCUGGGUGCAGUCAUAGCCACCCCUGAACUCCUUCAGGCUGCUUAUGAGGCUGGACUUCAUCAGUGCAGUGCAGGCUGGCUACAGGACCAAACUGUGAGGUAUCCAAUUGUGUAUCCUCGAAAUAAGUGCUCUGGAGAUCAGGAGAACGCUCCAGGUGUACGCUCCUACAAUGUUAGGCCUGCACACGAGCAGUAUGAUGUAUACUGUUACAUGGAGCAAUUAAAGGGGGAGAUUUUACACAAGACUUCACUGGCAGGCUUCACUUACUAUGAAGCUGUUGCCCAUUGCAGAAAACUAGGUGCUACUCUUGCCUCAACUGGAGAACUUUACGCUGCCUGGAAUCAGGGUUUUCACAAGUGCAGUCCUGGCUGGCUGUCUGAUCUCAGUGUCCGCUUUCCUGUCCGCAAUCCACACUUCGGUUGUGGUGGAAACAGGACCGGAGUGCACACUAUUUAUGCCAACCCAAACCAAACAGGCUUCCCAAACCCAUACUCCAGAUAUGAUGCCUAUUGCUUUAAAGCAAAUCUGUCUAUGCUGCUUGAUGAGGAUGUGUUGAACGCUACAGGAAUUGGAAUGGAUCUUAACAAAAUGGAUAUAACAGAGCUGCUGAGACCUGCUCGUCCAAUCGUCCCUCCCAUGUCAGUGGACAUAUCUGGAUCAGGCUCAGCAUCAGGCUUUCCUGAUUUCAGUUCCGGGGAUGGGUCUUGGAGUGGCAGGCCAAGUGGGGACAUAUCUGGAAGCGGCAGUCCAAGUGGGGACAUAUCUGGAAGCGGCAGCCCAAGUGGGGACAUAUCUGGAAGCGGCAGCCCAAGUGGGGACAUAUCUGGAAGCGGCAGUCCAAGUGGGGACAUAUCUGGAAGCGGCAGUCCAAGUGGGGACAUAUCUGGAAGCGGCAGUCCAAGUGGGGACAUAUCUGGAAGCGGCAGUCCAAGUGGGGACAUAUCUGGAAGCGGCAGUCCAAGUGGGGACAUAUCUGGAAGCGGCAGUCCAAGUGGGGACAUAUCUGGGAGCGGGAGACCCAGUGGGGACAUAUCUGGGAGUGGGACACCCAGUGGGGACAUAUCUGGGAGUGGGAGACCCAUUGGGGGCAUAUCUGGGAGUGGGGGACCCAGUGGGGACAAAUCUGGUUCUGGCCAAAGUGGCGAAGGAUCAGGUUAUCUUGUGUGGUUCCUAGAAGGUGCAGAUACACUCAGCUGGCAGACUUCUGCCUCAGGCAGUGCUCAGGAGGCAAGAGAAGGAAGUGGUAGUGGCAGUGGUGUUAUUAUUUUUUCUGGAAUUGGAUCUGGAGAAGAAUCAGGGGAGGCUUCUGGACUCCAUCAAGAAAUAAGUGGAGCUAGUGGCCUUCCGUCAGGACUCGGCAGUGGACUUAGUGGUUCGGGAUCAAGUGGAUUCUACAGUGGGGGUGAAUCGAGUGGGUCAGGCUUCUCUGGGCUGUCAUUUAUAGAUACAGAAAUGAUCGAUCUGACUGAAAGAACAUCUGGAGAACAGGAAUUGUCUGGUGUUUCCCCGUUUAGCUUCAGUGAUUUCAGUGGCGUUGGCUCUGGUUCUGGAACAUCUGGUUCAGGUACUUCUGGUUCUGGAACAUCUGGCCACAUUGAAAGAAGCAGUGGAGAGAUCAUAAUUCUAUCAAAUGAUGAGGUCAUUGACUUAACCUCUAGGCCUACAACUGGAAUAGAAGAGGGUCGUGGAUCAGUGGAGAUCAGUGCAGAUGGCAGUAGUCAAGAUCAUGAGGACCUUUCCAUCUCUCUUCCUAAUAGUACUUUAUAUGAGGAUUACUUGAGUGGCAAUGAGACUGAUGAUCUCCUCCAAGAAAGAGAUGAGCAACUUAAUGCCACAACAGAGACGUUUGAUGUCACUGAUCAGUCACCAUUAAACACAACAUUACAAACCACCUCAGCAUUCACAACUUCACCUUCAGUUUCUCUACAAACACCACAGGCUAUGGAGGAGCCAUUUGCUACUUAUGCUUCCGUUAACGCUUGUGAUCAAAACCCCUGUGGUGAUGGCUCAUGCUCUGUACAAGAUGGCAUUGCGAUCUGUAAGUGUCCAUCAGGAUUCAGCGGGGAGAACUGCUCAAUGCCGGUGCAGGGAUGUGCUGAGGGAUGGAUAGAGUUCAUGGGCAGCUGUUACAUUCAUUUUGAAGAGCGUGAGACCUGGACCAGUGCUGAGCAGCACUGUCAGGAGCUAAACUCUCACCUGGUUAGCAUAUCUUCCCAGCAAGAACAAGAGUUUGUCAGAGCUCAGGCUCACGACUAUCAGUGGAUUGGACUCAAUGACAUGUCUGUGCAGAAUGAGUUUCGUUGGACAGACGGAAGCCCUUUGGAAUAUGAAAACUGGAGACCCAACCAGCCAGAUAAUUACUUCAGCACAGCAGAAGACUGUGUUGUGAUGAUAUGGCAUGAGGAUGGCCAAUGGAAUGACGUACCCUGCAAUUACCAUCUUCCUUUCACUUGCAAGAGUGGACCUGUCACAUGUUCAUCACCUCCUGAGGUAAAGAAUGCCAAGAUGUUAGGCAAUCACAGAGAGCGCUACCCUGUUAACUCGAUUAUUCGAUACCAGUGUGACAGUGGAUUCAUGCAGCGCCACCUGUCUGUUGUGCGCUGUAUGACAGAUGGUCAAUGGGAGGAGCCUCGAGUGGAGUGCAUAGGAGGUAAAAUAAUCAACAGCCUACGGAAAAGAUCCCUCAAGACACGUCCUAAAGCAGUCAAUAGUCGGAUAUGGAGAAAGGUCCUCUAAACAAGACAAAGGGCGUACACUUCAAAACAUCCAGAGGACUUUAAAUCAUAAAGAUCAUCUGUACAGAAGCCUUUUUACCCAAAAGAAAAACUGAAAGGGACCAACCUUAUGUAAUGAUACAUUUUUCUGUAGUUCGCCUGGCUGAUUGGUUUACAAGUGCUACUCGCAGCUCUGUCUUUGGGGGGAACCAAGAAAGAGAUUUAGGUUUAUUUAAAUAGGAUUUUAUUCUGCCAUAUUUUAGUCCAUAAUUGCUGGGUAAUAAGAAACAAACUAAUCUAUAAAGAACGAAAGUAUACAGACUGAAUAGAACAGAGUGCCUUUGAGUUUAAGUAAAUUUUACCAUUAGUGCAAGUGUUUGUAAUAAUUUCUUCCAGGCCACAAGGUGACACUGUUGUUUACUUGUGUGAACUGCUAACAUUGUCCCACCAUUGUUUUACAAACCUACAUUACAAACUACACUACACUACAAACCUAAUUGUCCAAAGCAGCCUCCUAAUUUGCAUACUUCUAGUGUGCACUAAAAGUGUGUACUUUCCUAGUGAAUGAAAAGUACUUUUGAAAAUGCAGAAAGACAGGACUACACCAGUAUUGGGACAAACUACAGUACGUCAUAAAAAAUACGUCUGUUACCACAGAUUCCUUUGCCACAUAUUGUUUUAAUUUGCAUGUAAGUGCUAGGAUCUAUAGAUACAUUCAUUACUUUAAAAUCUAUCAUUACUAUACUUGUUGGUUCACACAUUUAAAAACUGUUGAGGUAGCUUCCGCUUUGCAUUCCUGGUCAUUUGUAUACACCUGAAAAAAGAGGGCAGCAAUAUUAGCUUAAAAAGCAUGCACAGAUGCAUACUAAGAAAGUCUAAUGGAAAUAGUUCAACAUUUGGGCAUCAUUGUUAUAAUAUUUUACAAGCUAUGAAUUGGGAUGCACUAAUUCUAAACUUGAAUACUAUUUAGAACAGAUUGUAUGUGAAGUGGGAUGCAGCCCAAGACUUUUGAGCACAAUUUUAAUGCUGUAUAUAAUAGACGAAAGAUGGAUAUGCAUGUAAGAGUAACACUAAAGUUUAGAACAAGACAAAAGGCUUUAAUAACUACAGCUGGAUACAAUGGCAUUUAAGGUAGCACAUUAGUAUUUCAAAUUCUUUAACAUUUAAUUUUUUUUUUUGGUUUGUUGCAGUUUAAAUGUCUCGUUUGACGACAGAGAACAAGUUAUCUCUGUGAAACUAAAAAUCUACAGUAUGUGAAAGAUAAAAUGCCCCUUUCUUUUAAAAUGCUUUUUCUACAUUCCUAAAUAGACAGAUUUUUUUAAAUUAGAAAGAUAUACUGUCUAAAGUAUCUGUAAUGAUAAAAUUAUAAUGUAUACCUGCUACUGCAGAGAACAACUGCUUACGAUCAGCUUGAUUCAGAAGCACUUAUUCCUUGUGCAAUGCAUUAGCUUUUCUAUAAUUUAUUGAUUUACAUGUUCAUAUAAUCCUUAAACCUUAAAGAGUGAUACAGGUAAACAGAUUUGGCUUGCUGUCCAUAGAGGAGGGGAUAGAGAGUGAUACUUGUUUCCCCCAGACUACUUAAUUCAUAGAAGUUAGUUUCGAAAUGAUAGAGAUAAUAGAAAUAAAGGUAGAGUUGGAUGCUGAAAGAAGUGUCAUGGGAGUGAUGUAGUGAGGGAAGCUGCCUAUUUAUUUUUGUGAAUGUGAUAAACAAGCUCUUCCUGAAUUGUCUUUUAAAACUUAAGCUACUUAAGCAUUCAUAUUCCAAUGACAGAAUUUUCCAGUUGCCUGUUUUAAUAUUCCAGUUCGAAGUUGAUCAAAUUAAAAGUAUACACUAAUAAGCCAACAUACACACAUAAUCAGUUUAUUAGAAAGUCUGACCUCACCUUAUUCAGCCCCGCCCCUUUUCAGCUCUCCACUCUUCCGAAUUUUGUCAUCUAACUUCCUGUUUGUAUUGAAGCUACUAAGAAGAGUCGAUCAAAAUGGGUUUUGUGUGGGAGCACAGAAAGUAUUUUUCACCAAGUGUUGAUGGUGAGUCUACAGCACCCCUUUACUAUGUGAAAAUGCUCGUGAGGUGUUUUUCUGUCGCUGUGAAUGUUUAUUUCAGAUCACAUUCAGACAGCUAUGACACACUGCACUUUUUCAUAAUACAAGCGUUUAACUGUUAUAUGUGUAAUUCUCCUUAAUUUUUAGGUUUCAAUUUAAUAAUUUGUGUUAAAAUGUGUAGUUACAUGAAAUCUCCAACAGUGACAGCUCGUAUUACACAUGCAAGUUCAACAUUAAAGAAAAUUACAAUUGUACUUUUUAAAAUUAAUUUGUCACCCUAAAUUUUUUGUAGAGGCUUAAAUGUGAUUGAAAUGUUUGUAAACAGAAUAAAAAAUAAAACAAACACUUUCACGUG